AUGUUCAUCCUGUCACUUCUCCGCGACACGGUAUCCAUCAAGCCACAUCAGCUGAGUUCGGAUCAGCAAAUGGUGAUUAAGAAGCGACUCAACGAGCGUCUCGCAAAUAAGGUCGUUCCGGACCUCGGUCUCUGUAUCUGUGUUUACGAUAUCAGUGAAAUUGGCGAUUCGUUCAUUCUACCGGGAGAAGGAGAUUGCAGAGCAAGAGUGACGUUCCGGAUGAUUGUAUUCCGACCGUUUGUCGAUGAAGUGAUCGAAGCCAAAGUGAUAGGAUCCUCUCGGCAAGGUCUCACUCUUUCCAUCGAAUUCUUCGAAGAUAUCUUUGUUCCGGCAGAGAAACUUCCAGAACCUCACGUUUUCGAAGAGGAUGGACAAGUUUGGUAUUGGGAAUAUGCACAGGAAGACGGCGAUCCACCAGCGAAACUUUACAUGGAUCCUGGAAAGAUUGUGAGAUUCCGAACAACGGAAAUCAUUUUCAAAGAUCUCAAACCAGAUUUGAGUAUGGAAGAGCAAAAGACGGAGAAGUCGAUGGAAAUCAAAGGAACUAUGGCUAGCACUGGAUUGGGAUGUAUCGGAUGGUGGACGUCUGAGGAAGAGGAUGAAGAAGCUGUAGAAGAUGAGCAAGAUGAGCAAGAAGGGGUCGCAGAAGCUGUGUGA